CUGCGACUUAACUUUUUAUCAAUAAUUUUAUUUUUUUCUCAAAUGAUUUCAAAAUUUUGUAAUUCACUCUAAUUUGACAACUUCAGUAAAGAAAUUAGUCAUUAAUUUCUAAUGGAAAUUAUGAAUAUAAACUCGCUGAAAGACUAACAUGCUGAAGUUCGCAGCUUAGUCAAGAUCUAUCGUGAAAAUUCUAGUCAUCUUCGAUCACUAAACACUCGACGCGAUGGCAGAACUACUCUUAGACCCGCAAAUCCGUCUUUGGGUCUUUUUACCCAUCGUCGUGAUCACAUUUCUGGUCGGAGUUGUCCGGCAUUACGUAUCGUUGCUCAUAGUCACCCAAAAGAAAUCUGAACUGUGUCAAGUACAAGAUAAUCAGGUACUGAUACGAGCCCGAAUGUUGCGAGAAAACGGAAAGUAUCUAUCUAAACAGGGAUUCUCGAUGAGGAAGCAUUUCUUCAACCACGAAGAAACCGGGUACUUUAAAUCUCAACGUAAAAACAGCCAGCCUCCGAAUCCGAUGACCGAUCCUACCCUAAUGACCGAAAUGCUAAAAGGUAACAUAACCAACGUACUGCCGAUGAUCGUGAUCGGUGGCUGGAUUAAUUGGAUGUUUAGCGGAUUCGUCACCACCAAAGUACCAUUCCCGUUGACUUUACGAUUCAAACCGAUGUUACAAAGAGGCAUCGAGUUGUUAUCGUUGGACGCUUCGUGGGUUUCUUCGGCUUCGUGGUAUUUCUUGAGCGUUUUCGGUCUGAGAAACGUGUACUCGCUGGUGUUGGGCGAGAAUAACGCAGCCGCCGAGCAAGAUUUUGCUCCUGGAAUGAUGCAGAUGGGAGGUAUGGGACCGACUCCGCCGAUCGAUCCGAAAAUGGCGUUUAAAGCCGAAUGGGAAGCGUUGGAGAUUUGUCAUCAUGAUUGGGCGCUGGCUAACGUCGAAUUUGAUAUUUUGGGCAACCAGGUUAUCGAAAGCUCGAUUCAGAAUUGAACGAUGUAGAGACGAUUUUCUCAUCGUGGUGUUGUAAAUGCUGUGUGAGUCUGGUCGUAUAAGUUAUAAUCGAAACCGAAGAGAAGAAUUCUGUAUUUUUGUUUCUUUUGAAAAUAUUGUUUACUUUUGUACUCGCUAAGAGAGUUUUGUAUUAUUUAUGUAGUAUUGUUAUGUGUUAAGGAUUGCUUGUUUUUUUUUUACGUAUCGAAGAUGUAAUACGUUGAUUUGUUUUAGUUUUACAUAAAUGUUUUCCAGUCUACGACAUGUGGGUCAAUGCUUACUGUCUUGAACUUGGAGGUUUUCUGUGUUUUGAUCACCGGGUUGAAUAAAUUACUUUGGAUCGUC